AUGGAAAAAAAAAAAACAAAGAUAGUAGCUAAGGCCUCCAAGGCCAGGGGUACAAGUGGCAACCCAGAGAACCCUGCCUGGCCAAGAGCCAAGAUCAGCACCCACCAGACCCUCCUCUUCCUCCACCAGAUCUCAGCCAACAGGCUGAAUCUGGGCCAGUUCUGUGGGCACCAGUGCUCCACACUGAAUACCCACCCCUACCAGAUGCAGUUUGUGUUCCAGGGGACCAAGGUGGAACUGACCUUCCACACGCGUUCUUCCUGCAAGAACAAAGGGGACCACAAUGAGGACAAGCGUGCUAUCCUGGACAGUGGCACCCUGCAGAGCCCCUGUACCAGCAUCUGGGCAGCUACGAACAGCAGCAGUCGCUCUUGCCUUCCCAGCAGCCCUAGAGGAGGCCUCAGUGCAGGGGAGAAGGAACUGAUGGGUAGAUCCCUGGGGGCUCGUGUUAUGGCCCUUCUUCAUGAGCAGCUCCAGCAGGUCCUGAGCUUUUACCUGCAGAUCACAGCCAGUGGAACUGCUCCAAGCCAGUUCUGUGGACACCAGGGCUCCCUGCUAGGCAGAGUCCCUGGUCAGAGGGAGUUUGUGUUCAGGGGCUUCCUGGCCCUCUACCAAGCCAUGGCCUCCAGGGGCUGUGGGCAGAAGUCUAAAGACUACCUAAGCGAGUACCUCCUACCCAUGCUCGGUGAGGAGAAAGAGAGAAGGAGGAGCUCAAGUUCACAGGUCACCAACUCUAAUUUCUACAAGACGCAGGCAGAUUACAUAAAUGAGUGGCGAGGGCCAAGUGGAGAGCUAUUCCUAAGUCAGACAGCAGGUGGCGCCCAACCGAGAGAGUUAGAAAAAGGGAACUCUAUACUUAACUCAUUUCCAGUAACUUCUCCCUCCUCCCCCACAGGGCCUUCUCCAGCCCCUCCUCCUGUAUCCUCGCCUGGGCCAAUUCCUCUUUCAGGUCUCAGAUCCCUGGUCUCACAGUGGGGAAACUAUCUCUGGAGAAACCCCCACCCCGAAAGCUGCCCAGGCAAGAUGUGGUGGCUGCUCCUCUGCGGAGUCCUCCAGGCUUUCCCCACACAGGGCUUGGUCCUCUUGGCCCAAAGGCUACCCCAGAAGCUGACAUCCCCUGGGUACCCAGAGCCAUAUCUCAAAGGCCAAGUGAGCACCACUGACAUCGAGGCACCAGAGGGCUUUGUUGUGAGGCUCGUCUUCCAGGACUUCGACCUGGCGCCAUCCCAGGACUGUGAGCAGGACUCUGUCACAAUCACAGCCAGUGGGACAGCUCCAAGCCGGUUCUGUGGGCAGCAGGGCUCCCUGCUGGGCAGUCCACCUGGUCAAAGGGAGUUUGUGUCCUCAGGAAGAAGGCUACAGCUGAACUUCCACACAGAUGCCUCCUUGGAGAACAGGACCACCUGCCUCCACAGGGGUUUCCUGGCCCUCUACCAAGCUGUGGGUGUGAAUGAUAGUCAGCCCAUCAGCCAGGCCAGUGAGAGCUCCGAGGCCAUCAGCCCACGUGGGGACAACUCCUCCAAGAUCCAGAGCCAUUGCCAGGAGCCAUAUUAUCAGGCGAUGCUAGCAGGAACAACCCAGGGCACCUGGAAGCACAGACAGAAUAGGGAGGAGGCGCCUCAGUGUGUGCCUGUGUGUGGACGACCAGUCUCUCCCAUCACCCAGAACCAAGAAUCCCUUGGUUCUUCCAGAGCUCAGUUGGGCAACUUCCCCUGGCAAGCCUUCACCAGUAUCCACGGCCGUGGAGGCGGAGCCCUGCUGGGCGAUAGAUGGGUCCUCACCGCUGCCCACACCAUCCAUCCCAAGGACAGCAUCUUCCCCAAGAAGAAUCCGAGUGUGUAUGUGUUCCUGGGCCACACAAACAUAGAUGAGAUGCUGAAACUAGGAAACUAUCCUGUCCGCCGCGUCAUCGUGCACCCAGACUACCAUCAGAAUGAGUCCCACAACUUCGACGGGGACAUUGCUCUCCUGGAGCUCCAGCACAGUGUCCCCCUGGGCCCCCAUGUCCUCCCAGUCUGUCUACCUGACAAUGAGACCCUCUACCUCAGUGGCCUGUUGGGCUAUGUCAGUGGGUUUGGUGUGGAGAAGGGCUGGUUAACUACUGAUCUGAAAUACUCAAGGCUGCCCAUAGCCAAAAGGGAGGCCUGUGAGGCCUGGCUCCGAAAGAGGCAGCGGACUGAGGUUUUUUCUGACAACAUGUUCUGUGUAGAGAAUAAUAUGCAGCAGCAGAGUGUCUGCCAUGGGGACAGCGGUAGCGUCUAUGUGGUAUGGGAUGAUUGUGCCCAUCACUGGGUGGCCACGGGCAUUGUAUCCUGGGGCAUCGGGUGUGGAAAGGGGUAUGACUUCUAUACCAAAGUGCUCAACUAUGUGGACUGGAUUAAGAGAGUGAUGGAGGGGAAAGACUGACCCUGGGGCAUCUCAACCUCAACUGACCCUGGUGACAACCAGGGACCAGCACUGUGGAGGCCCCAUAAAGAGAAAGUGGUCUUAAUUGCAUUUCAUUUCUGAAACAUUACAAAGCCCCUUUAGUCACCCUUUAAAUAUCCAAGCCAUUGGCUUCACCACUUAUCACAACUUCUGGAUGCAAGUAUAGUAAUAGCUCCUUUUUUUUUCCUCCACAUCUUCUAUAUGCCAGGUGCUUCACAUAUGUUAUUUCAUUUAAUCCUCACACUGAGUUUGCAAAGGGUGUGUUAUUAUCCACAUUUUACAAAUGAGGAAACUAAAGCUCAAGGAGUAAAAUGACUUGCCCAAGUUCCACAGCUGGUAUGUGCCUGCAAAGGCCACAUUCUUUCCCGUAUGCCAUGAUACCUCUCAGUUGUCCUCAAGACCUACUGUAUCUCCCACUUCCCUACUUUCCCUUCCAACUCCUCACACCCUUACAGAGUCUCCCUCCCUGGGAAUUCCUGCUUCAGUGAAGACAACAACACCUGGCUCACUCUCUCCAUCAGCAGGUCUCCUACAUACACACCCCAGUGCUCCUGGACACCCCAGUCUGUGCUCCUGUCAGUGAACCCCUUGACCUUGUCUUCGGGGGGCACUGCUACACCUGAGAAGACCAACUGUUUAAUUUUCAGUGAUGACUUGAAAUGAUUUACAGUAAAAAACACAAAUAAACCAAAUGAUGUAACCAUUCAAGUGGAAAGAGAAAAUGAAUACCAUAAAACAGAUAGGAGAGCAAAUUUUGUUAGCCAUGAGCAUCAAGUUAGCUACUAUGAUUAAAGGUUAAAUUUAUCUUAAAAACGAUAGCAGGAUUCAAAAUUGUGCGUACCUGUGAUUACUUCUAUUUUUUAAACCUAAGCACAGUAUGAUAGACUAUAGAAAAAACUCUCAAAAUCUUAAACAGAUGUUAUUGUAGGUGGUACAGUUUUGGCUGCUUUGUUUUCCCCCUACUCUUCUUUACCUGUCAAACUUUGUUUAAAGGGCAUUGUCUUAGUCAUCUAGUGCGCCUAUAACAGAAAUACAAGUGGAUGGCUUUAACAAAGAGAAACUUGUUCUCUCAUUCUAAUAGGCUACAAGUCCAAAUU